CUUAAUAAAAAACUUCAUGGGGGUUGAGUGCUAACUGUUAUACACUUGAACAAGAGCAUUCACUGCCUCUCUUUCUUUUCCAGAGUAGUUUCCGAAUUUUGGUUAAUAUAUGUGUGUACCAUAUGUGUAUUUGUUCAUAUAGCUCAUAGUUCAUAGAUUUUCCAUAAAGCUUUAGUUUAGAUAGACUUAAAAUAUGGCUUCCGAAUACAUCACUGGACAGAUUUCUACUUUUUUAAUCUGUGCUAAAUGAAAAUAGCAAAUAACAUAACAAAAACAGAGUACAAGGUGAUAUCCGGGACUGGAUUCUUUCUGCUAUCAACCACUAAAGCUUCAUCUUUCUCAUCUACAAUUUUUUGCACUUUGGAUCAGUGUUGUCAAUCCCAGAUAGCGGAGCGGGCAGUCCCCAAAACGCUAUAGCGGUAUAGCGGAUAGCGGGAUGACCGCUAUUUGGAGUACUUUCAAAUAUAAUAGAUAAGUAACUACUAGAAGCAUAUGUAAUAUGACUUAGAAAUAUUAUACUUAAUUAUAUAAAACUCCAUCUAUAUAAAUCGAAUUGUUUACAUUCUAUACAUGUCAUUAUUUGUUAUUUGUUACUGAAAGUAGAUGGUUCUAAGUUUUAUAGAACCAUUUGGAGUACUUUCAAAUAUAAUAGAUAAGUAACUACUAGAAGCAUAUGUAAUAUUACUUAGAAAUAUUAUACUUAAUUAUAUUAAACUUCUUCUUUUAUAACUACUAAAACUAGAUGGUUCACCCACUUAAAUUACUUAGAAAUAUUAUUUAGUUUCAUGAGUAAAAUAUAAGAUACUAUUAUAUUCAAAAGCUGGCUUCGUUUUGAGCUUUUAGUAGCGUUUAACGUACGUGUAUGGGUUUUAAUUAGGUUAAAAUAUUGUUUUAAAAGUCUAAUUUAACCCUUCUAUGUCUGCGCUAAAAAAUCUAACGCUAAAAUCCCUCCCAGAAGGCUCAUAUUCUGCGCAGUACUCUGUAACAUAAAACGCGUCGCGUUAGCGGCCGCUAUUUUCUCUCCCGCACCUGCGCUAUAGCGGGCGCUAUGGACGCAACACCCAAACGCCACGCUAGAGCCCUCCAUGUAGCGCCUACCCUGUCUGCCGCACCGCUAUUCCGCUGUAGCGCGCUAUUGCGCCGCUAUUGACAACACUGCUUUGGAUACUAGACAUAAGCGCAUGUCUUUGCACUCACUAAUGGAUGGGACUUCAUUGUCUGAUCCAUAUCCCGGAGGAUAUUCCAGAUUUGCAUAUUUAGAGAUGCCUUGUGCUCCUUUUUCAUCUAAAUAUACUUACUUUUCUACUAAAGGUUCAUUUGAUGCCCCCUUUGAAGAUUCUGGUUGCUCCGGUUGUAUUAGGAAAAUGUCAGUGACUAGAGUUCGCUUUUUCACAAAAUAAUUUCCUUUUACAGAUUGUACAAUGUAGUGGUGCUUAAAUGCUCAUCUUUCUUUCCUUAUUUCCAUCCAAUGUGUGUUCAAAUUAUUUCUAUCCAGCUGUCCAACUUUUUAAAUAUAAGCCUCCAGGUAAUCCAGAGGCAUCGAGAAUGACGAGAAGUAUCACAGUCACACCUAUAAAAAUUGUUAAAGUCUUAAGUUAUAAAAAGUAGUUAAUUUUAAGCAUCAGGUAUCAUAACAAUAUAGGCAAACUAACCAUAUUGUUGCUACUCUUUUUAUCCAUCACCACUUACUGAGAUAUUUAGGAACACAUAGCUAUAGUACUCUUUUUGAUAAAGGUGUUAUUUGUGUUUGGGGCAAACACAUGUGAUGAAUAUAGUGAAAUCGGAUGGUGUUAAGCUUUAUAGAAUAUUUUAUUGUACUAUGAAUAUGUACAUAUUAUAUUACAUAUGUUUUUGCAUUGGGUGAAAUAUGUGCUAGUUUUAAGACCAAGAUCUCUUAGAUAUAUAUCUAUAAUAGAUAACAAGCUGAAAUUAAAAAUAAAUGUCAAACAUACAAACAUUUUUGUUGUAUAUAUGGUCUAAAAUAGUCAAAUGAGCCCCUUUAACACUUCCUUGUUCAGUUAAAUUGUUUCAGUUAGUUAAAAGGGGGGUUUACCGUGUGUUUCAGGUUAUAUAAAAUUUAGUGGUGUUUUUGCCCUUUCUCCCAAUACAUAACAAACAAAAAGAAUUAGUAAGAGACAUAAGAAGAAGCUAUUAUCAAACUUUAGCUCAAAUAUGGAUUUCACGCAGAUAACCAGCCAGAUUUGGGUUCUUUCAAACUGUACUAAACGUAAAUAGCAAAUAACAUAACAAAAAAUCAUUUUAGAUUUUUUUUCUUUUUUAAAAUCAUUUUAGAUUAAAACACAUAGGCUUGAAAAUUAUAUAUUUCAAAGUGAGUACAAGGACGUACCUGAUUUCGUAGUUUAUGUACCUCAGCGAGUUCCAAAUUAUCCAGUUUUGGGCAGAUUGGUAGCAUCUCAGUAGAGAGUUAAUGUAUUGUUUCAUUUGCAGCCAAACUAUGGAAGUUUAACCUAGUCAGACUUUUGUUGUUGCAUGAAAUAUUGUUUUCGAGUUUUGUGUGUUAGUUAACUGUUUUAUAUGAUCAUGCUUAGAAUACAAUGGUUUACAAGAAUCGUGAGUGGAUGCAAUUCAAAAAAGCUGACCCCAGGUACAGGAUUGGCGUAAAACAGUUUCUAGAGUUUGCUUUUUCACAAAAUGAUGUGGACGAUGUGGUUCCUUGUCCAUGUAUGAAGUGCAAUAAUGAAAGGAAGAAAGGUAGAGUAGAAAUAGAGUUGGAUUUGAUUAAACAUGGAAUUGUUAAGAGCUAUACUCGCUGGUUGCGGCAUGGGGAAAACAGUGAGGAGUGGACAACUCAUGAGAAUAACAUAGAUGCAUCAAAUGAGUACAUAGAGCAUGCAUCUAUGUUUGAAAUGCUACAUGAUGCAUUUGGGAGGUCAAGGGAGAAGGAUACAAAUGAUGGUGAAGCAAAUAUUGGCGAGUCUAGUGAUCCAAUAGAAUUAGUAAAUAGCUUCUACAAAUUGAUGGGUGAUCUUGAGUUAGAGCUAUAUCUUGGUUGCAAGAAAUUCUCAAAGUUGUCCUUCUUGCUUAAGCUAUUCCACAUCAAGUGUUUAGGUGGAAUAAGUGACAAAAGCAUGGCUAUGCUUCUUGAACUACUUAAAGAUGCAUUGCCUGAGGGUAACACAUUGCCUGACUCAUAUUAUGAUGCUCAAAAAAUUAUAAAGACUUUAUCUCUCGAGCCCAAAAGAAUUGAUGCAUGCCCAAAUGAUUGUAUGUUAUUUUGGAAGGAGCAUGCGAAUGCGGAUGAAUGUGUUCACUGUAAUUCUUGUAGAUGGAAAAAAAAGGAACAAAGCGAUGCAUCUGGUACCUUAAAUUCUAUGGUUAGAAAGAUCCCAUGCAAAACGAUGCGUUAUUUUCCAUUGAUUCCCAGACUACAAAGAAUUUACAUGUCAUCUAAAACAGCUUCAAGUAUGAGAUGGCAUCACGAUGAACGUGAGGAUGAUGGGGCAAUGAGACAUCCGGCAGAUUCUAAAGCGUGGAAAACGUUUGAUGAGCUAUAUCCUUCAUUUUCCUCUGAUCCUAGAAAUGUUCGCCUUGGUUUAGCAGGUGAUGGAUUUAGCCCCUUUAGAAACGGACAUGUAACACACAGUACAUGGCCAGUGAUUCUUAUCCCUUAUAACUUACCUCCAUGGCUUUGCAUGAAACAACAUUCUUUAAUUCUCUCCACACUUGUUCCCGGUCCUAAGGGGCCAAAGGAUAAAGUGGAUGUAUAUUUGCAACCUUUAAUAGAGGAAUUGAAGUUUCUUUGGGAAGUUGGGGUGGAAACUUAUGAUGCCUCAAAGAAAAAGAAUUUUAGAAUGUUUGCUUCUUUGCUAUGGACAAUAAGUGACUUUCCGGCAUAUGGUGAUCUUUCUGGAUGGAGAACUGCUGGAGCUUUUGCUUGUCCUUCAUGUAACAACAAUACUUGUUCUUACAGAUUGAGAAAAGGAUCUAAACACUGUUACAUGGGCCAUCGCAGAUUUUUACCGAGUCGCCACAAAUGGAGAUAUGAUCGAACAAACUUUGAUGGCAAGGAAGAGCUGAGGACUCCACCUAAUGUUUUGUCAGGUAAUGAAGUUGUAGACCAGUUAGUUAGUGCUGAAGGAGUAACGGCAGGCGCAUCUAUGAGUACUAGCAAGAAGAGAAAGCGAAAACCAUUGUGGCGAAAAAAGAGCAUUUUCUUUGAAUUGCCAUAUUGGAGUACUCUUUUGAUACGUCAUAAUCUCGACGUUAU